AUGCUUGAGCUCCUGCAGUCCUAUCCGGGGCGACCCACGUCUGGCCUUCAAUUUCUUGCUCUGCCUCAGGAGAUAUUGCUGCUGUACCCUUCCGCUGAUUCUAUCGUCGUUCUAAAUGCGCACUCCCUCGUAUUCCUUCGUGCAUUGGCAUUCUGGGAAGCUUUCCCAGGAAUGCGGCACUCAUACAUGUCUGUCCAAUGCCUUUCCAUCGAUGCAGGCAUGAAACUUGUAGUCGCUUCCAUGGGAGCGCGUGUAGCCGCAUGGAUUCUUUCUAGUUCGGGAUCGGGCUCCAACAAGGCCCAAUCAUCGUGGCGAUUACAUUCGUCCCUUGCACUCCCCGAAGAUCAGGAGAUCACAGCCUUGGAUUGCAAGUCUGGCUUGUUGGCCCUCGGAACGCGAUCGACUCUGUCGGUGUACACCCUUAUACUGGAAAAUGAUCUGCCAACAUGGUCGCGCAAAUGGGCAUGCAAUGCGAAACAGCUUGCUCGCGUGCGUUUCUCCCCCUCGCUCAUGUAUAUCGCAACCACUUCGUCGUGCGACAAAGUUGUUCGUCUUCAUUCUACUACUUCAGGCCGCCAGACACAGACAAUUCCGCAUCCACGCCCCGUCAUUGAUAUCAAUUGGCGGCGUCCGUGUCUACAGAUCUACCCCCAUAUCCAUACUCAUAUGGAUGACCCCAUCAUGUAUACCACCACUUCGGAUGGUACGCUCCGCAUUUUUCUUCCCGUCAUUGAUGUCCCGCAGCGCGUUCAGCUGCAUGGUGCACUGGAUGCUGCAUCUUCACUGCCAUAUUCGGAUAAUCCAGUUGAGGACUACCCAGUUGGAAAGGACUGCGCGAAAUCCUCAAGUGUGUUCCCAUUAGCCAGAGAUGUUGUCUUGGAAGUCUUGAGGGGCAUCGGAGAGGCCGAGGAUACCACUAGUGGUAGGCGUGUUAGGGAGAUCGUUGAGGAAGGAUGGGAUUUGUUCCUUCGAGUCCUGGCUGAUGGCUCCUUGGUUAUUCAAGCAGUAACGAACAUCGAUCGCCGUCCCCCCACGCUCUUGAGGCAGUUUGUCCUUCAUCAGUCUAUUUCAGGUCUGCUACCAUCUCCGCCACCUUCACACUUAUAUAUUCUUUCGCCGCUCUCCAAUUGUUCAAGGCCAGGCACCCUCACACUUAUCACCUCACCACCUCUCGCGAGUUAUGUUCUAGCACCAAUUCCUUUUCUUGAUUCCCGUGCGGAUGGGCUUGCUCUACUUGCGCGAGCAUCUGACCAAAUAGACCCUGAGACGGAUAGUGAGAGGUUGAGAGAGGUAUCGCAAUUCGUUCGGACCCCAGAAGGUGACGGCGUUGCAGCCUUGCAUACAGAUAGAAGUGUGAGCACAUGGCAUGUGAGAUGGAGUGGGCGGGGACUUGCGCGGAGAGGUCGCUGGGAUCCUACCGAUGCCGAAAGUGUGGAUAGGGUGGUUGUUCUCGAGGGGGGAGUAUGUUUUGUCACGUACACAUUGUCCAACGGCCAUCUCACUCUACACGGUGCCACAGCCACAACGAUUGCAGUGCCCUCCCUUGUUGCAUUAUUUUCCCUCCCAUCUUCUGUACCAUCUUCGACAUUACGUUUUCCACCUUCGCUCAUUCUUGUGGGUGUCACUGAAGCUCAUACAGUAUUACUGAUAUCUGUUUCUCUCAUGCCCACCCCUUCUAUGUCCAUACGCUCAGAAACAUCUCUUCCUCUUUCAUGUCCCCUCACAUUCAUUUUACCCGUUGAUCCGAUGAGCUGGGGAGGCUCUCCUACAAGCGUGCCUAGUUCAGACGCGCAUGAUGUGUUGCUGAGCAUAUCGGAAGAUGGUGAACUGGCAUUUUGGGUACCAGAAGAUUUUUGUGAUCGACUUCCUGACCCUCAGGCAAACGACCGGAAGACAGUCAGUGGAAUAAUAAGAAAUGGCGGAUGGCGAUGCACGGGAAGGGUCAGGACGGGGAGGAAAGGUCUCCGCAGGGCAGCGUGUAGCUCCGCAAAAAAAUCCGUGUUAGUCGCUCAGGAUACAAAUGGCGAAGAGCUUACGAUCUGGGACUCAAAGACAUCUGAGUUCUCUUCGGGACUUGAAUAUCGUGAAGUGUUUAGUUCGUCCGACCCAAUCACUGAUCUCGAUUGGACUACUACACCCGAUGCGCAGUCGGUGCUCGCAAUUGGUUUUGCUCACCGCGUAGAGCUGCUCUCCCAGCAACGAAUGUCAUACUUCGACGAGACGGCUGGGUGGGGGCGAUGUUGGUCGAUUGAUAUCGGCAGGAUGUUACCGCACCCGAUUGGCGAUUCGAUCUGGCUCGCGCGUGGAUCACUCUUGAUCGGCGCAGGCCAUGUAAUGCUUUUGUUUGGGCAAGCUGCACGUGCAACGAAAGACAUCCAACAUGAAGAAAGUCUCUUUGAGCACGUGGCGCGAUACAAUGGCCCUCUCGAUAACUAUCACCCUCAGAUGAUUCUACAGUGCUUACUGUGGGAGAAAGUGGGACUUGUGAAAAAAAUCAUUAUCAACCUUGCCAAACACGUUGAGAGCAAGGAAGGUGACAUCUCAUGGGAAAACAUCCCAGCAGAAGAGUUCUAUCAGAAGGACGAGAUGUCUAGAUCGGUACAUUCGACACGUAAGCCUCAGCAUUCUAUGCUAUUCAGUGUGCCUGAAGCAGCAGAUGAAUCGCGCGGCGACCAAUUUUCCCGGACAUUGGUUCAACGCCUCCUGGAGCAUCUGGAAGUACGGCCGCUACCCCACCUGACCCCAAACGAACAUGCUUCGUUACUCGUUCUCAUCGAGGCUACACUUGAGAUCGAGGAACAACGUCGGGCACUCGACGCGAAUGGUCUGCGAUAUCUGAUCUCGAUGCGUACCUUUUAUAUCACCAAUCAUCGUCUUUCCGCGCCCAACACGCCCGCGUCGGCGCGAACUGGCGCAAUUUCGAGGCGCAUUAAACCGCGGAAACGCCUCCGGUACCGUGAUAUUGCAUGGGCUUUCCACAGUGAAAGCCAAGAGCUCCUGUUGUCCACAUCUAUUGCAGCAUGUGGCGGCAAGAUGACAUGGCCAGACGCCCGUGCGCUGGGAGUUUUUUUAUGGAUGCGAUCUGCGGAGACCAUGAAAGCGCACUUAGAAAUAAUAGCGCGUAAUCAGUAUAUGGCUGGCGACCACCGAGAUCCAACCGCAUGCAGUUUAUUUUACUUUGCUCUCGGAAAAGUCAAGCUGGUGCACGGGCUGUGGCGACAAGCUGCGUGGCACAAGGAGCAGGCACAAAUGCUCAAGUUCUUGAGCAAUGAUUUCCUACAGCCACGAUGGCGUACGGCUGCGUUGAAAAACGCAUUCGCCCUGCUUAGUAAAAGACGCUUCGAAUAUGCAGCUGCCUUUUUUCUCCUUGGAGGGAGUCUCAAAGACGCGGUAAAUGUAUGCAUAAAAAAUCUGGACGAUUUCCAAUUAGCCAUUGCAUUAGCCCGUAUAGUCGAGCAGGGUGAUGAGGGGCCCAUUCUACGAGAAAUCCUAAAUAGCACGGUAUUACCGCUGGCAUUCAAGGACGGCAAUAGAUGGUUGGCCAGUUGGGCAUUCUGGCUCCUCCAUCGACGAGAUCUAGCGGUCCGAAUACUAGUGACUCCUCUUCUAGACAUCGCCGCUGUCCUAGACGUUACCAUCACUGACAUUGGCAAUCCACAUUACGACGACCCGAGCUUGGCACUGCUAUUCUCGCAAUUGAGAUCUCGAACUUUGCAGACCGCAAAGGGCAUGAGCGAGAUCUCCGGACGCACCGAAUUCAACUUCGUCUUGCAAAUUGCUCGCGUGUUUUGUAGAAUGGGUUGUCAAGUCUUAGCUCUCGAUUUGGUUCGUACUUGGGAAUUUCAAAGACCAUCUAGGUCGUCCGACACGAAAUUGACCACACAUCCGCCAAGCCCGGUUGCUACGCGCUUCGCUUUCGAGCCCGCUUUGCGUCGUAGAUCAUCUAUUCUAAUCGACAUGGAUCCUUCUACCGCGCCUCCAACACGGAGCGCUUCGCCUAUUAGCCAGCUCGCGAAUAGCAUGCAGCCAAGCAUUCAAGAAAGCGUUCAACUGAGCAUUCCGGAUGAAAGGCCUAAACCAGACCAAGAUAUGGGCGCGCGCAAAGCGGACUUUGGGAGCUUGAUGAAAUCUGCGAAGCAGGAUGCCCAAGUACCAGAAUUCGAUAUGAGCGCUUUCUUCUAA